AUGAAGGGUGAUGUGAUUAACUUUGUAAAAGAAUUUCAUAAGAAUGGUAAAUUGGUGAAGGGUAUAAACAGUUAUUUCAUAACCCUCAUUCCUAAGAAGGAUAAUCCAACAGGGCUAUCUGACUAUAGACCUAUAAGCUUGGUGGGCUCUAUCUACAAGAUCAUAGCAAAACUGUUGGCAAAUAGACUGAAAACUGUGAUGCCACAUAUCAUAAGUGAGUCUCAGUUUGCGUUCUUAAGUGGAAGAAAUAUUCUAGAUGGGGUGCUAAUUGCUAAUGAGUUUGGGUUUGGAGCUAAGUGGACCAAUUGGAUUAAGGAGUGUGUAACAACUGCAAGGUUUGCAUAUGACUCAUUAUUAUUCUGUGAAGCUAAGGUGGAUGAGGUGCGGAAGUUGAAAAAGGUGCUAAGGUGCUUCGAAAUCAUGUCUGGCCUGAAAAUAAACUUUCAUAAGAGUGUUGUAUGUGGUGUGGGUGUUUCUACGGAGAUGAUGGAUGGUUUUGCUGCAGUACUGAAUUGUAAAAUCAAAUCAUUACCACUCAGUUAUUUAGGGCUGCCAUUAGGAGCUAACCCAAGGAAGAAAGCUACUUGGAAACCAAUUGUGGAUAAAGUCAAAAGCAAACUAGCUGGUUGGAAAAGGAAAAUGUUGUCUUUUGCAGGGAGGCUAAGACUUGUUAAAUCAAUAACAUCAGCAUUUCCAGUGUUCUAUUUGUCAUUGUUCAAGAUGCCUGAAGGGGUUGUUAGAGAGUUGGAGAAGCUUCAAGCUACAUUCUUAUGGGGUGGUUCUGAACUGGAAAAGAAAAUUUAUAUGAUCAAAUGGGAGGAAUUGUCUAAAAGAGUGGAUCAAGGAGGAUUGGGCAUUAGGAAAAUAAGGGAUGUGAACAAGUGUUUGCUAAUUAAAUGGUGGUGGAGGUUUGGUAGUGAAAAGGAUGCUUUGUGGAAAAGAGUAAUACAUAGCAGAUAUAAGAUGGAGGUUGGGGAUGGGAGGAGGAUCAGGUUUUGGUCUGAUACAUGGUGUCAAUCUGCUUGUUUGAAUGAUGAAUUCCCAACUCUAAGGGAGUUAUAUGAAUGGGAGGAGCAAGAGCUAGAUAGGCUUCUUAAUUAUCUGUUGGUGGCUCCUAUUUGGGCUGAAAUGCUGAAGUGGUGGGAUGUCCAAGCUGCUAUACCAGGUUCUGUUGGGAGUCUUCUUCUGUGGUGGGCAGGAGGGAAGCUAAAGAAGAAAGAAAGGAAGAUUUGGAGGGUCAUUCCAUUGGCUGUGAUGUGGAGUUGCCUUUGUGGUGCAGUUUUUGUGGUGAACGGUUGUUUGGAUUGCUAUGCUGCUCUGCUGUUUGAGCUUUUGGGUGAAGUUGUGGAUGAACAUCUUUUGCUCUCUGGUUUGUUGGUUUCUCACCAACUGGCACUUGGAGCUUUGUGA